AUGGGAUUUGGGUCUAAGUGGUGUCGGUGGAUUAAGGAGCUUUUGUCGACAACUAGGGCUUCUGUGUUGAUUAAUGGAUCCCCAACUGAUGAAUUUCAAAUUCACCGUGGAUUGAGACAGGGUGAUCCGCUUUCGCCUUUUCUUUUUAUUUUGGCUAUGGAGGGUCUCCAUAUUGCUUUGACGAGGGCCCGAGCUGCGAAUGCUUUCAGAGGGGUUUCUAUUUCUGGUACUGAGAUUUCUCAUCUCAUGUAUGCGGAUGAUGUGAUGCUGAUCGCUCCUUGGGAUCCUGAGAAUGCUAAUUGUCUUCUUCGUAUCCUUAGAUGUUUUUUCUUGGCUUCAAGGCUUAAAAUUAAUUUACUUAAAAGUAAAUUGAUUGGUGUGGGAAUUUCUUAUUCCCAAGUCCUUGUGGUGGCUAAUAGGAUUGGUUGUGCUGCUUCUAUGAUUCCUUUUUUUCAUCUUGGUAUCCCGGUGGGUUAG